GCUUAUAACGCGACUGGCUGCCUGCUGCCUGCCGCCUACUGCCUUCUGCCAUGGAUGCCGCAAGGGCGCAAGCGCUGUGCUACUGCCUCUGCUGCUGCUGCUGGCCGCUCCUGCUGCUCGCCGACAGGUCAGCGGCAGUGGACGGCAGCUUCUCAGUGGUGUGGAACGUGCCUACCUUUAUGUGCCGGCGGUACUGGAGCGCAGGCAGCAACCCGUUCUCGACGCUGACCGCGGACUGGGGCAUCGAGCAGAACGCGCGCGACAACUUCCGCGGGGACAAGGUGACCAUCCUGUACGACCCGGGCUGGUUCCCCGCGCUGCUCAAGGACAGCAGCGGCCAGCUGCAGCCGCGCAACGGAGGCGCGCCGCAGGCCGGAAACCUCUCCGCGCACCUCGCCGCCUUCUCAGCGGAGCUCGACCACCUCGUCCCAGAUCAAGAGUUUGCCGGUAUUGGAGUUAUAGAUAUGGAAUCUUGGCGUCCAGUGUGGAAACAGUUGUUUGGUUCUUAUGCACCAUAUCCGGAAUUUUCUAGAAAAUUAGUGAGGUCCCAACAUCCAUUCUGGAGCAAAUCAAGCGUAGAGAAAGCGCAGGCAAGACAUGAUUUUGAGAAGGGAGCUCGCGAAUUUAUGGAGACAACACUAGAACUGGCGAGACAGCAGCGACCGUUGGCUCAGUGGGGGUAUUACGCAUACCCAUACUGCUUCAACUACAGAGAGCAGAACUGUUCACGUGAUGUGGAAAAGCAGAACGAUGGGAUACAGUGGCUCUUCGAUGAGAGCACUGCGCUAUUUCCUUCCCUGUAUUUGAGCAAGUCAUCGAAGUCAACACCACAACAUGUACCAUUUAUGCUUGGACGUCUACUGGAAGCGCGGAGAGUUGCACAAAGGACACCACGCAUUGUUGGUCCUCGAAUUUAUCCUUACGUGUGGUACAGGUACCAUGACUCAACAGACUUCCUCACUCAUGAGGAUCUUUACAACUCUCUCGCAAUUCCAAAGAAUCUUGGGAUGAAUGGUGCCAUAAUUUGGGGAAGCUCAAAAGAUGUAAACAGCAAGAAGAAAUGUGAAGAUCUGGCAAACUAUGUGAAAACUGAACUAGGUCCAACUGUAAAAAAUUUAAUGGACAUAAGUAACAUGCCAUGAAAGGAAACAGUAGUUACCCUUUACUGGUUGCCACUCACGGUUACUUUGCAGUAACUUUUUGUUAUUUCACUGACACUGUCUGUGAUAAAAUUAAAUAUUGGUUCAUUUUAGGAACAAAAUGGAUACAUUUUCUUCUGCAGUAAAACAUUUAUGGUGCUCUGUAUAAAUACAAAGACUGUAAACCUAUGAAGCAUCAGUAAAUCUUAAAAUAUUUUGUGCUUGUAUGCAACUUGUUGUGUUUGUAUCUAUGUGUUUGUAUAUGGUGUUCUUUUAGCCUCGUAAUGAUAUACACCUUGAUUUGUACCUGAUUAGUUCUGCUCUCAAGUAAAUAAUUCAUGAUGCAGGCCAUUUUGUAAUAAAUGUAUUGGCUAU